AUGGUUGAGCUCAGAAGAGAAGAUACUGGAACAUUUAAGAAAUUCCCCCGCAUGCCUACUGAAAUGAACGAUGACAUUUUGGGAAGGUAUCGUCAUCGCCUCGUGAAGCAACACACUCGGUACAGGGAGCCCUUGGAUCCAGGGCUAAAGUUAGCUGCCAUAAUACGUCAUCUGGUUUCUGGUGUCAAGUACUCAGACAUGCAGUAUUCCUGGCGGGUCGCUGAGAAUUCCCACUAUGUAGUUGUCAGAGACGUGUGUCAUGCUAUAUGUGAAGAAUAUGUUGAUGAGGUUAUGGCAGCCCCCUCCACACCUGAAGAAUUGAGACAACUGGCUGAUGGUUUCCUCAAGAAUUGGAACUUUCCAAAUUGCGUUGCUGCUAUUGAUGGCAAGCAAAUAGCUAUCAGAAAGCCUUCCAGCUCUGGUUGCUUAUACAUGUAUUAUAAUUAUAAAGGAUUCGUCAGCAUUAUCUUACUGGCCAGUGUCGACUCGGACUACAAGUUCGAUACGGUUCAAGUGAAGAUUUAUAAUGAAUCAGAAUUCCUGGAGAUGUUGCAGGAUGGUUCCAUUGGAAUUCCAGACCCACAGCCCUUUCCAAAUGACACCGUCGACAUGCCAUAUUUCUCGGUUGGAGAUGACGCUUUCAGCCUUAGCGAGAACAUUCAGAAACUCUAUGGACAUACAUAUACUUCUCACAAAGAUGAACCACAGCCCAUCCACAGUAAGGCUGAUUGUAAAGAAAUGCUGCAUUCUCCAAAACUAGAUGAGGAUCAGGUACCCCACCAUGCAGAAAGCACUGGUUGA